AAAAUAAUUCCCGCAAACAACCAAACGCCCUGCAGGGUCUCCAUUUUCACGGACUCACUGUCGCUUCUCACGGCACUGGAAACAGGUCCACUGACUGUAAAAGACCCAAUACUACGACUCCUGUGGAACCUAAUACUUCAAGUGCAACGUCGCAAGGCCCGCAUUCGACUACAAUUUAUCUUUGGCCACUGCGGUGUAGAGAAAAAUGAAAAAUGCGACACAGAAGCCAAAAAAGCUGCAGAACUACCGCAAAGAACUGAUACUUGGAUCACAGAUAUAAUAGCCUACGCCAAACGAAU